AAGAGUCAAAAGCUUUUGUUCUGGACAUACCCGAAGACCCACCAUUCGUCAAGUUUAGACUUUUUUGUUGUAAAUUACUCUAUCAAUUACUGCUACUACACAACUGAGAUAUUUAUUUUUUUAAUUGGUAAGAAGAAUUCAAGUACAAAGAGGUCAGAAGGUCAUGUGGAUGAUGAUUUUUCAACAAGAUUCAUUGAGAUCCCCGUGAUAAAUGGUAUAUUCACUGAAACAAGACAUACUAGAGACUACAUAUCAUCCCUCUAUUUACUUUUCAUAUCUAUCUUCAGAUUCUCAUUCUUGCUUACCAGAUAAAGAAAUGAUUUUUUCUUAUAUAUGCUUCCAAAUUUGUUAGCAGACAAUUGGGUUUUUGGAUUGCACAGUGGAUAUUAGGUUUUUAAUCUCUUGGGUUUACUUUAGAAAUAAAUAAUUGUCUGAUUCGAGGUUGGUGAUGAAAUGGAGGAAAAUAAUGCAGCAGCAGCAGCUUUGCAUACGGCCAUCAAUUCUGUUCAGGCUUUAGGCAAGGGGUUUGAUGUUAAUUUCGAUACUAGGUUGUUAUAUUGUAAAGGAAUUGCCGGGUCCAGAGUUAUUGAAAUUGAUGAUGAGCAUAAGAGGGAUCUCUACUUGGACGAUCAUAUUGUUGUUCCAAAUGUUUCAAGAGAUGUUCAAAUCUCCCAGGAGACUGCGGGCCGUCAUGCUUCUGGUGUUUGCACUUAUGCUGAGAUGAUGGAGUAUAUCAAUAAAAAGGCUAAUCUGUCAGAGAAUGUGCCCAUGGGUUGCUUUAAUGCUGCAUUCAGCUUGACUGGCUCCAAGAGUAUUGAUUCUGCUGCAACAAAGACACUAUGUAUGGAUGGUUUUUUCAUCCCAGUUGCCAAGUUUCAACUUGUAAAGUCCCAGUUAGUGUUGCAGGAAACUGUCAGACGCGCAGUUCCAACAUCCUGGGACCCACCUGCCUUGGCAAGCUUCAUCGAGAACUUUGGGACACAUAUAAUAACAGCAGUUACUAUUGGGGGUAAAGAUGUGAUUUAUGUCAAACAACACCAGUCCUCACCUUUAUCAAAAAUGGAGAUGAAAAAUUAUGUUCAGGAUAUUGGAAGUCAGAGGUUCUCCCCAACAGAGACACAUACAAGCUCAGGACUUUUGAAGUACAAGGACAAGGCUAUUGACCCUUCUUUCUACAGUAGUCAAGGCGUACAUCCUCAGCCCAGUACAACUCCUUCUCAUAUUGGGAACGGAAAAGAAGAUGUUACAGUCAUAUUCCGACGAAGGGGAGGAGAUGAUUUGGAACAAAGUCAUACCCAAUGGGCUAGAACUAUCAGGUCCUCGCCUGAUGUCAUCGACAUGUCAUUUUUUCCUAUCACUCCUCUACUUGAAGGGAUGACUGGAAAGGAGCAUUUGACUCGUGCUAUAGAUCUAUAUCUUGAAUACAAACCUCAGAUGGAGGAGCUACGUUAUUUCUUAGAGUUUCAAAUCCCAAGAAUAUGGGCUCCUGUACAGGACAAACUUUUUGGCUCUCUAAGAAAGGAACCUGUUUGCCCAUCUUUGCAGUUCAGCAUCAUGGGGCAAAAACUUUACAUUAGCCAAGAGCAAAUAUCAGUCGGGCGAAAACCGGUGACAGGCAUGCGUUUAUGUCUUGAAGGAACAAAGCAGAAUCGUCUUAGUAUAUUUCUGCAACAGUUGGCCUACCUGCCUAAGAUCCUCAAGCCAUACUGGGAUAGUCAUGUAGCAAUAGGUGCCCCUAAAUGGCAGGGUCCUGAGGAGCAAGAUAGCCGAUGGUUUGAGCCAGUGAAGUGGAAGAACUUUUCACAUGUGAGCACGGCACCAAUUGAAUGCUCUGAAACCUUUAUAGGCGAUCCAUCUGGAGUAUACGUAGUUACCGGGGCUCAGCUUGGGGUUUGGGAUUUUGGUUCGAGAAAUGUCUUGUUUAUGAAGCUUCUAUUUUCAAGGUUGCCUGGAUGUACCAUACGAAGGUCACUAUGGGACAACAAACCAAAUGAAAAAUCAAAAAAACAAGUUGCGACUGGAUUUAACAGCGAUGACUCAUGCUCGGAUUCAGGAGAAACCGUAUUAGGUAACAAGUUGGCAAAAAUCGUUGAUACGUCAACCAUGAGUAAGGGUGCGCAAGAUCCUCCAGGACACUGGUUAGUGACAGGAGGCAAGUUGGGAAUAGAGAAAGGGAAGAUUGUUUUGAGACUAAAAUACUCUUUACUCAACUAUUGAAGCUGGGUAGUAUAUUUUGUGGAUGCAUUGAUAAUAGAUGCUUCUUAAUUAUUUGCA